AGAAAACGAAUUGAGAGAUAAAGAAGAGCCGUAGCAAAGUCAUAUCAUCAUCAUCAGGACAACAGACAAGAUGGCAGCCCUCAAUCAGCUGAUGAGUUUCUCCCGAGCCUCAUGCCGCCUUUCCUCCCUAACAAAAGCAUGGAGGGUGCCACCACAGAUGUCAGCUGGCGCCCUGGGCAGUGUGCGUCAUGUCUCUGAGCUGGUGGAGCUGCCAGAGACACACGAGAUGCUGCGUAAGACCUGCAGGGAUUUUGCCGAGGCGGAGCUACAGCCACAUGCCGCAGCAUUCGACAAGCAGGGCAAAGUGCCACAGGAGACGGUGAAGGCCAUGGGUGACCUUGGCUUGCUGGCCCUGGCAACACCUGAGGACUAUGGAGGCACCGGGAUGGACUACCUGGCCUACGCUGUGGCUAUGGAGGAGAUCAGCAGAGGCUGUGCUUCUGCCGGAGUGAUCAUGAGUGUCAACAACUCCCUGUACAUUGGCCCCAUCCAGACGUUUGGCAGUGAGAAGCAGAAACAUGAUUUCAUUGCUCCCUUUACCAAUGGGGAUCAAGUUGGGUGCUUUGCCCUCUCAGAGCCAGGUAAUGGCAGUGAUGCUGGUGCAGCAUCCACCACAGCCAAGGAGGAUGGCAGUAACUACAUCCUGAAUGGCACCAAGGCGUGGAUCACCAAUGGCUUUGAGUCCAAGGCAACUGUUGUCUUUGCCACCACGGACAAGGCCAAGAAGCACAAGGGCAUCUCAGCUUUCAUUGUGCCAAAGCCUUCUGAAGGCCUGUCUCUGGGGAAGAAGGAGGAUAAGCUGGGCAUUCGUGGCUCCUCAACGUGUAAUCUCAUCUUUGAAGACUGUCAGGUCAAGGAGAAUCUUCUUGGGCAGCCCGGCAAUGGGUUCAAAAUCGCUAUGAUGACUCUAGAUGCCGGAAGGAUAGGCAUCGCUGGACAGGCCUUGGGGAUUGCUCAAGCAGCCUUUGAUUGUGCCAUUGACUAUGCUGGCAAGAGGAUGGCAUUCAACGCUCCGAUUCUCAAGAUGCAGACAAUCCAGCAAAAAAUAGCAGAUAUGGCUGUGAGGAUUGAGUCAGCUCGCCUGUUGACCUACAAAGCUGCUGCCCUCAAGGAUGCAGGGAAACCAUUUGGCAAGCUGGCAGCCAUGGCCAAGCUGGCGGCCUCAGAAACAGCAACGUUCUGUGGUCACCAGUCCAUCCAGAUCCUGGGUGGCAUGGGGUAUGUGAGUGACAUGCCGGCUGAGCGGCACUACCGUGACGCCCGCAUCACAGAGAUCUACGAGGGCACCUCUGAGAUCCAGCGACUGGUGAUAGCCGGCGCCCUCAUCAAGGAGUACCAGGCUCUUUAACAGCAAUUCAUCUGUAAAGUUUAUUUUCUUCAAUUUUUAAUUACAUUUAUGUGUGGUGAAAGUGUUGGCAGCUCACAUUUAAUUCAUGUGAAUGCUUACCCUGUCAAUUGUACAUAUAUACAUAGCAACAAAUAUUUGGGUAUACAUAAGUAAGUAUAAUAUGGGUAUACAUAGCUAAUUGUAAUUACUACUCAUGCAACUUAUCAAUGCAAUUGUACUCAUGAAUUUCAUACAUAGAUAAGGGUGUGUUCCUAACACCAAAUGGUAACAAAUGAAAUAUUUUUGGUAAAACAGCAAAUAAAAUGAAGUGCACA